AAAGUAUGAGUGGAUUGUUUGCUUAAAGUGAAACGGUCACUCUGAUUACAGAACUGCGCGAAAUAACGAAAUGAAUAACGAACUGAAAACUAAGAUUGAGAGCUGCGCCCGUACAGCAGACACCUUCACGCGUCUAUACUACGCCGCAGUGGACAAUCGCCGCCAUCAAAUUGGUCGCCUCUACCUGGACAACGCCACUUUUAGCUGGAACGGAAACGGGGCGACCGGACGUGAGAUGAUCGAGCGCUACUUCCUAGAGCUGCCCACGUCCAGCCACCAGAUGAAUACCCUGGACGCUCAGCCUAUUCUCGACCCUGCGGUGGCCAGCCAGCUCACCUAUCUCGUCCUGGCCAGUGGCACCGUAAAGUUUGCCCACCAGCCAACUCGCAACUUUCAGCAGACCUUUGUCGUGACCGCCGAGAACGACAAAUGGAAAAUUGUGUCUGACUGCUACCGCCUACAGGAGGUAAUGGUUUAAGGCAGCCGCGAAGAACUCGUAAUUUUUUAUGCAUAAUUAAAGUUAAGCUAUGUUUUCUAACGGCAA